AUGACGGAGGGGAGCCCCCCAGACGGUGAUGUGGAAACGAUUGGGAAAUCUCCCCCGACGGAUAACUCCAAGAGGUGUAAAUGCUCCUAUAAGAGAAGAGAACUGGAAGGGAGUCCAGAAGCAGAAGGGGGAGACGAACAUGAUAGGAGUUUAAAAAGAAUGAAUUCUAGUAAGGACAUCUCAGAGGAGACAAAACCACCUGACCUGGUCAUAAAUUAUUACUACGAAUGGGAGGACAUCCCAGCAGUUGAAAGAUUGCCUUAUGGUUUAAUUGGAAAGGAAAAAGAAGCUCUCUGGAAAAGUUGCCUACAAAGUGGGAGUAUCCAUUUGGGAGGGAACCUUUGUAAUGAGACACCCCAAGGGGAAGACGUUAAAGUGAAGUGUGAGGCUUUGGGGGAACAAGCUAAUGUGAAGUGUGAGGCUUUAGGCAUUAAAGACGAGUCGAGUUUGGCUAGUGGUGCGCCUGAGGGUCAACCCAUCCAGGGGGGAAUAGGGAACUGUGCCGCUAACGGAGAAGCACACAGCGGGGGCGACUUCGUGGCGACUCUCAUAUACGAGGAUAUAGUGCAGUACAUUCACAGAAUUAAGAAGAGGAGAUCCAAGCUGAGGUGCACCAGUGGGCACGUGACGGCAAACAGGGAAGAAACGGAAAAGACGGAAGAAACGGAAAAGACGGAAAAGACAGAAAAGACGAAAAAGACAGAAAAGACGGAAAACAUGGAAAACGCAACACACAUAGGGCAAACCAGCUGGAUUGAUGACUUCAUCACGCUGACUAAUAUACAAAUAUUGGCGAAAAACACAAAGAUGUUCACGGCGUGGGAAAAGUUGGAGGUUGUCCUUCCAUACAUAACGACCCAGUGCGGGAGCCCCCGAUCCUGUUUGUGCAAAAAAAGCUUCCUAACGAUGAAGCAUCUCUGUAUGAGCAUUAAGGGUGACAAGUUAAAUUUGUGUCGAUAUUUUGUGAAGUCAUUCCCCCAUGUGAUUCGAAAGAUGGACUCAAAGAAUCACUUCUUGGACGAGUGUGCUUCUGACCUGAUCAAUCAUUUUAUGAAACAUAGCAGUGGAGUGAAUGACUACGAAAUGCUGAGAGUGAUGUGCUCCUUCUCAGACAAUAAAAAUGCAUCCAUUAUAAAGAAGCUAGCUUUUUUUGUUUUUUUAUUUUUAAAAAAUUUGCCCACAAGUGAGUUGGUCAAUUUACCCGUUCGAGACUUCGCACAGUGCUUCCUACAUUUUAUGAACGCGAAACUGGAGGAGACUAAAAAGUAUAUGAAGCAGACCUUUACUCUUCUCUUGACCGUACAUAGUGAAGACGAUUUAGUUUCUUUCCUUUUGGAUAGAGCCCCGAAAAAGGGAAACGUAUCAUCAUCCCUGGAGAGGGAGAUACGGGCCUUCCUACGGAGUAGAAGCUGCGGUGACGCCUGCGAGCCGAUCAAGAAGAAGUACGCCACGUUUCACCAGUUUAGGAGUUCCAAAUCGCUCAGCAAGGCGCACAAGACAUCGUCGUUCGUUCUGUAG